AUGCAGUUCAACAAUAUUGUCUUGCUUGUUGCCGCUAUGGCCGGCUUUGCUUUGGCCAUGCCCGCGCCCAAGACGCAGCCCUUCCAAUGCCCUGAUGGCUUCAGUGUGGUGAAGAACGCCUGCUUUCCGGACCUGGGUCCUGAUGGCGACCACAGCUAG